UGUCAUAAGGAUGAAAACAUGGCGACUUUCCUAUCGAACAGGUUUCCAAACGGAACGAAAAAGAAGUGUUGUUCAAUGCCAGAAUAGCAUGUAAAAUGCAGAUUCUGAACGACUUUAAAUGCCCUUAAUAUGUAUAUAUUGUGUUUGAUUCUUAAACAAUAUAAUUUUCGAGGUAAUCAGUGUCGGACUUGUGAAGUGAAAAUACAGGUGUCAACAGUAUGUCAUUCUUAAACAGCUUCCGAAAAUUCUUCCGAUUUGGAGGGGAAGAAUCUGCAAGGAGAAAAUCAGCGUAUAAGAACAUUACAAGAGAUGUGGAUCCGAGCCAUAAAUGGGAAAUUAUUGGAGAGCUGGGUGAUGGGGCGUUUGGUAAAGUGUACAAGGCCCAGAAUAAAGAGAAUUCCUCCCUAGCAGCCUUAAAGCAGGUGGAGAUUAAGUCAGAAGAAGACAUAGAAGACUUCUCUGUGGAGAUAGACAUUCUCGCGGAAUGUCGCCACGAAAACAUAGUCGGUCUGUUUGAGGCCUUCGUCUUCGAUGGAAAAUUAUUGAUGUAUAUAGAGUUUUGUGAGGGUGGGGCCAUUGACAGCAUCAUGGUGGACCUGGAAAAGUCCCUAACGGAGAAUCAGAUCCGCUAUGUCUGCAAUAAGAUGUGCCGUGGUCUGGAGUUCCUUCACAGCAACAAGGUCAUCCACCGCGAUCUCAAGGCAGGGAAUGUGCUGCUUACAGGGGAAGGGGAUGUCAAGCUAGCUGAUUUUGGAGUUUCUGCCAAGAACACCAGAACGAAUCAGAGACGAGAUUCGUUUAUUGGGACACCAUAUUGGAUGGCCCCUGAGGUGAUCAUGUGUGAAACUCUAAAGGACAGUCCGUAUGACUUCAAGGCUGAUAUCUGGUCGUUGGGUAUCACCUUGAUUGAGUUCGCUCAGAUUGAACCACCCAACCAUGAUAUGCACCCAAUGAGGGUGUUAAUUAAAAUACAGAAGUCAGACCCUCCAACACUUGCCAAGCCAUCCAAGUGGUCCAAGAAUUUUAAUCAGUUCAUCUCAAAAUGCCUGGUCAAAAAUCCUGACUCUAGACCAACAGCAGUAGAACUAUUGGAGCACCCUUUUAUAGCUGGGUAUGACAAUAAAAAAGAGAUUUUGAACUUGAUCAUGGAGUCCAAGGCAGAGGUAGUGGAGACGGUGGAAGAUCUUCCAGAAGAUCAGGAAAUCAUUGAGAUGAAGCGUCACAUGAGUGAUGCCUCUUCCAAUAUUGUGGAUCUAGAGGAAUCUGAGCGCGAAUCAACAAGCAAAGCAACAACCCCAGAAAAGGAAGAGCCGAAGCCUUCUGAAAAGAAACCAGAGGAACCAGUCAAGUCUGAGCAGAAACCCUCUACUCCGGAACCAGUGCCAAAGGUGGAACCAGAUAAGCAGAAAACUCCCUCCCCCAAAAGGGCCACUGCACCACCCCCACCAGCUGUUGCAGAGGAGAAGAAGGCAGCGGAGCCAGAACCCCAGUCGAAGGUGGAAGAGAAAAAGGAAGAGAAGGAAAAGGAUGUCAAGGAAGAAGAGAAGCAGGAGGUUCCUCCAGUGGUGGAGGAAAAGAAGGAGCCUGAGGUGCAAGUUAAAGAAACUAAGGAACCAAGUCCUGAAAAGAAGGAAAUAAAGGAACCUAGUCCUGAAAAGGAGAAGGUAAUAAAGAAACCUAGUCCUGAAAAGGAGAAGGUAGACAUGGAACCAAUGGUAGACGUUGUGGUAGAAGAGAUUAUUGAUGAUGUCAUCAGGUCUACCAAGAAACAGCCCUCAGUACCAGGAGUGGUGUUAGACACUGUCCAGGAGUUGAUUGAGCAGUCGGAAGAUGAGGAAGAGGAGGAAGAGUACAACAUGUCAGACAUUGAGGGAGAGCUCGGGGUGGAAGAGAUGGAAGAGAAGAAGGAGGUCAUCUCGGAAGAACCAGCCAAAGUUCCUUCUGGAGAACCAGUUACAGAGGAAAAGGAACCUGCCAAGGUGGAGGAGCCAAAAGAAGAUGUGAAAGAAGUGGAUAAGAAGGUGGAAGAGAAGAAAGAUAAUGAAGAAGUGAAACGUGCAGACAAAGAUUUGGAGAUGGAGAUCCAGGUGGUGAAUGUGACAAUAACUGAUGAUGACGCCAGCAGUGAAAAGAGUGAGAAGUCUAGUGAUUCGGAGAAAAAGGACUCAGUGAUUACCAUUAAUGGACAGGUUCUACCUGACAGAGGAAUCACAAUCAAUGGACAGCCGGUUCCAUCCUCAGGGACAACAGUGGUGAUCAAUGGCGAUGUAGUGGGAGUCAAACCUUCAUCGUCCAUGGACAACAGUAUAGACAAGAGCAUGUCUAACAGCAGUGAUAGUGCAGAUAUAGUGCCUCAGACCGACUUGGACACUUUUGAAACGAAAGUGAUAAAGGAGCCAAAACGAAAAUCUAAGGAUCUCUCGAACGUGACCCCUGUGGAUGACGAUCAGCGGUCUGACACAGAGAGUGUAGCCACUGUGGAUAGCCUAGGUGAUGGGGAGAAGAAGGCUGUGGAUGCCCCAGUGGAGAAGCGUGUUAAAUCUCACAUUAGGGGCAGGAGUGAGAGUAAGAGUCAAUACAGAACAAUGACCAAAACCAGAAAGUUCAUGAAGGACGGAGAGCUGAUCACCAGUACCACCCAGAAAGUGGUCCACGCCGGCGACGAACACAAGAUGCGCGAGGAGUAUCACAACAGGAAGAAUGACUUGCGUGAGCUUAAAAUGCUGCAAAAGCAGGAAAACAAACAGCAUCAAGAUCUCAUAUACAAGUCUCACUGUGCUCGCGAGGAGCAAGAGAGAAAGUUCGAACUCGAUAUGCAGACAUUGGUGAAGAACUAUGAUCAGGACAUGGAAACUCUUAAUAAAACUCAAAAACAGCAGGUAGAGAAAGCUGAACAGAACCAAACAGUAGACAUGAAGAAUGCAGCCAAGCGCCUGAAGAUGGAUCAGGAGAAGGAAUACAAGUUAUUUAAAGAUCAACAGAAGCAGGAAUUGAAGCUGUUGAGGCAAGAAUUGGAUCUCAUGCCCAAGGACAACAAAAAGGACGCCAUCAAGAAGCGAAAGGACCAGAAGGAGGUGGAACUUCAAGAAAAGGAGCGACAGUUUCUGGAGACCCAAGCCGAGCGGCAGGAGAAACACAUGAAGCAGUUAGCUGAGGUGCACCGCCAGAAGGUGGCGCUACUGGAGAGUCAGUUCCUUCAGCAGAAACAGCAGCUGCUCAGGGGGAGAGAAGCUGCAAUUUGGGAGAAAGAAAAACAACAACUGCAUGAAAAACACCAGCUUGCCAAGAGCCAGCUGAAAGACCUCUUCUUCCUCAAGCGACAUCAGAUGUUGACUCGGCAUCAGAAGGAAGUUGAACAAAUGAAGAGAAGUAACUCUGCCAAGGAAGAUGAAAUGCAGAGGAGGCAUGCUCUAGAGAAGAAGCGACUCCCCAAGAUACAGAAAAGCGAGGCCAAGACUCGUGCUCAGAUGUUCAAACAGAGCCUGAGACUGAGCACAGUAGGCUCGCCAGAAGAUGACAGGGUCAAAAUGAAACAGAAGCCAUUUGAAAUUAAACGCCAGUUUGAGGAGAAUGAGAAGAAGAGGAUGAAGGCUGAGCAGCAGCGCCAGGAGAUGAAGCACAAGAAACAGUGGGAGGAGCUAGUGUUCCGUAACGAGUCCAGUCUCCGUGAGCUGGAGCAGCUACAGGCUGAAAAAAGGAAGAUGCUGAUGGAACAGGAAACACAGAAAAUAAAGGAACUGGACGAUCAGUAUGCCAGUGAAUUACGGGAAUGGAAGCAACAAUUGGUGCCUAGGAAACAGAAACUUGAAGAGGAAUUCCAAAGACAAAAAGAUGAACAAGAAAAGUUUUAUGGAACUGUGAUAAUUACAGGAAGUGAAGGAAUGCCCGCCCCGCGUCCUGACUCGGGAAGUUUCCGCAAUAAAGAGUCCGUCAAAUCGCGACAUUCGACAGUGAUCUAGUGACUUCCUUGGUUCCUUCUUUUGUAGUGCAGCCGCCACUUCCUGUGAUGAACUUUAAGAGCUGGAUUCCAUCUGCUUCCAUCAUCUGUGCUUUGUCAUGUUUGGUCCUUGCCAAGUUUAAACAAGUCAUAAAACUGUGUUCAGAGUGCAGGCCAUCUGUGACAAAAUGGAAGACAUUUACAGACAGUAAAUUGAAAAGGUUGAUAUUUUAUAAGAGAUGCAUGAGGUUUUUUUUGUUGUUGUUUUUUCAUUCAUAUUUUGGUGUAUCAGAGAGAUGACUAUUUACCUAUAUAAGUUAACAUUCCCAGUGGCCAGUUCAGUGCGCUGAGCAGUCCUUUAUACAGCUAGUCUGUACUUAAUGUGUACAUGUAUCUUCCCGUCUUUACUGUGCUGAUCUACGUAGCAAUAUCAACUGAUCACCCCGAUGGCUGAUCAAAUUCAGCCACGGACGCCAAAAAAAUGUGUGUGUGUCAUUUUCAGACAUUGGGUUACAAGUAAAGUCUCACACCGCAUUUUUAUGUCUUGUUAAGUUUAUUGCUGUAAUAAUAUUUAUGUACAGAUGUUAUAUCUGGAGUUGAUAAACUGGUAAUGCAAUAGAGAGUGUACAUGCAAUGGAUUUAGAUGAGCAUUCUGAUCAAGAGCUCUUUCACACAAGUUUAAGCUAUUUCUUUUUUUCUUACAAUGCAUUUCUGUUCAGUUUAUCCAUGCUCUGUAAGAUUAAUCUUUCCCUCAAAUAUCUCUUCACACAUAUAUAUCAAGGUUAUGUUUACAAUUUUAGUCUGAUAAUGAUAGAAAUAUGUGUAAUCUGAUCUUCACACCAUCUAAUCACAUUUCUUUGAGCAUAUCUUCAUAAGUAAGAGGAGUUUACCAUUGACCACUAUGAUGCGCUGUCCAGCUAGCCUGACGGAGGUACAAGGAUCUGACACCCUCUGUGUCGGAACGCUUUUACUUCACGUGUACUUGUAUACAUAUUCCCACUAAACGGGCUAUGUUAUUUUAAUAAAUCUAAGAGUACUUAAAA